GAGGUAAAUAACCAUAAUAUUAACAAGAGCCUCAACUUUAUAGAAAUGUCGAAGGCAGUUCCAAGUGAGUCCCAUCCCGUUGAACCCACUAAAAUAGAUGCACACAUAGCUGAGGCUGCUGCGCCCACGCAGAGUUUAGACAGCGCCGACUUCGCUCUGGGCGCCGAAAGGGGUUUCGAUGCGUUUCCUAAGACUUCAGGUAGCUUUAUGUGGCCUGAAAAGCGUGGCUGUCUUAUUGUGGCCUGUGUUCUUCUCUUUCAGGAGGUCGAUCAUAACGGGUUUCGUUGCGCUGUUGCGCUCUCUGCGUUAACAGCUUUGGUGGUAGAGCGCAUCGGUGGCUUGUGCGCACUUCAGCGUCGUUUUCCUUCAUGA